CUGUUUUAAUGUGUCGAUCUCCUCUAAAGAAGUGUGGUGGUGAGUGGAAAUAACAAAGAAGCACAUCCAGAUAUUAGAAAUCUGUUAAAUUUCUACGUAAAUCUGCAGUUAAAUCUGGAAGGUUUGAUAAAUGAAGCAUCAUGAGACUUGAAUCUUGCUGCUGAUCUGUGAAUUGUUUUGACAAACUGUGUAAUUUGGGGGUUUUGGUCUCGAUCAGACUGUCCUCUUAUGACUUUGUGCACUCCGGCUACACUGCUGUCACAUGGAAACCGGCACAAAUUGUGUGAAAUCCACACAUCUGAAUGAAAACAGCCCUGUUGUUGCGAUGAGGUUCUUAUACUGUCAGGGCAGCAGGCUUCCCUUCAGACGCACUGGUCCACACCAGCAUCAGCAACAUGAACUCCACCUUGUUCCUCGGCCAGAUCAUCGGCAUCGUCCCCAUCGCCGCCGCUCUGCUCUUCGUCCUCGUCAAGCUGGUUCGCCGCCACCGCAGCAGCAGCAGCAGCAGUGAUGUGCAGGACGGCCACGGCUACGCUGUGCUGAUAACGGGCUGCGACAGCGGCUUCGGACACCACCUGGCUCGCUGCCUGGAUCAGAAGGGCUUCGUGGUGUUCGCCGGGUGCUUGUCUCCGGAAGGAGCCGGGGCCCGGAGCCUGGUCGGACAGAGCUCCAGGAACAUGAAAAUCCUCAGGAUGGACGUCACCAGGGACGAAGAGGUGCAGCAGGCGAAGAGGACGGUCCAGGAAAACCUGCCAGAGAAGGGCCUGUGGGCGGUUGUGAACAACGCUGGUGUCUCAGACUGGGCCGAGAUCGAGUGGAGCACCAUUGAAGACUUUCGCAACAUGGUGGACAUCAACCUGUUCGGCUCCAUCAGGACCUCCAUCGCCUUCCUUCCUCUGGUCCGUGCGUCCAAAGGUCGGAUGGUUUAUGUGUCGAGCAUCUUCUCCUUCUUCAACUGCCUGAACAUGGGCGCGUACAGCGUGUCGAAGAGAGGGUUGGAGGCGUUUGCAGACUGCCUACGGGUAGAGAUGGCCAGCUUUGGCGUGAAGGUCAGCAUCAUCCAGCCGGGUAACUUUGGCCAAGCCACCAACAUCCUGAGGAAGAAAACCAGCUGGGACAUCUGGGAGAAACUGGACGAGGAGCGAAAGCAAACCUUCAACCGGCGGUACAUCGAGCUCGCCAACAACUACUUCGUGUCGACGUGCAGGACGGGAUUCAAGGACGCCGAGCUGGUCAUCAACGCCAUGCUGCACGCGCUCACAGCUGCUCGGCCCAGAUACAGAUACCUGGUGGUCUCUGCCGUGGACAUGUUCUUCUUCAAGCUGUUCCCUUUUCUGCCCACCGCUGUCACCGACGCUGUGUUUUCUCUCAGCUACAUGUACGCUAAAAGAAAAGAAAUGCUUUACACUAAAUGAGAAGCUAACAAACCGACGUCUUUGUUUUGUUUUGUUUUUUUUUUCAUGUAAUUUUCAUUAAUAAAGAACUUCGUACUUCA